AUGACGACACCAACGCGUCCGUUAGCGUCUGAAGAAAUUUAUGGUGAGAAAUGGAAUCGAUGCGUCUCAGACACAAUCGUUAAAACAGCAUCCGGUCUUGCUUUGGGUAUCGUCUUUUCUGCAGUUCUCUUCCGACGUCGUCCAUGGCCUGUUUUCUUGGGUACUGGUAUUGGCCUCGGAAUGGGAUAUGGAAACUGUCAAAACGAAUUCCGUUCACCUUAUGUUCCUGGACAAGUAUCGAAAUUAGCGACACUUCGUGGACACCUAUCACCUAAACCAUCCAACAAUUAA